AUGUCUCAGCGACACGGAACACCAAGGGGACUUCGCGGGAGUCGGAGUGCUGGACGACAUGCAGCAUCCCAGGGAACCAAAACCAGUCCUCGCACAUGUCAUGACACGCCACUUACGCUGUCGUUCGACUUAAGCAGUGUAGACGAGUAUGCGGCGAACACGUAUAGUCUAGACUCUGUCGUGGAGAUUGCUCGCGCUGUUUAUGAUCUUAACACCAUAUACAGAGACAGCAUAGGCAGUCAUAGUGAUGUCAAUAUGCGGAUGUGCAGAAAGCUCCACGACAUAGCCUGCAGGGCUGACUCACUCGCCCUCAUUGCUGGGGCGCUAUCGGCAGCUGGGUCCGCGUAUGGGAUGAAACUGGUCAUGCCCGUGAAGCUGAUAUCCUCACACGACGACGAGUCGGUGCUGAUGCAGCGGGCGUGUCCCAAAGGUGAGAUUAUACAGGAUCGUUACGCGCUCUACAUCGAGUACCAGGACGGCUCGUCUACCCUCAUCCCCGCGGUGUUGUUCUUCGCAGGUCAACAUCGACAAAGCACAAUCCGUCGUUCACACACAAGCCUUCAAGACCCACGUAUCUGA